AAUUUGUGAUUUGUGUGAUUUUAUUUGGAAGAAUAACACACAUCACAAGCAUGCUAGUCAGUAUAACCAUUUAGAGACAUCUGAUAAUCAGGCCUGUGAAUUUUCUAGGUUUUUCUUAAUUAUUCGACUUAAAAUGGACAAACAUGGGCCACAAAUAUUUCACGAGCAGAUCGAUGAGAAAAAAAAGCAGUCCUAUUGCACCAUUCUCACCAUUAUCCAAGCAGGUCGGUGAGGAAAAAUCACAAGUCACACAGGACAAUCAAUCAAGAGGAAAUAUUUUAGAGAUAUCUGAUAAUCCGGAUCAAAUUGUUUCCAUUUAUCAUCAGAAUCAACUUUCUGGGCCAAGUUGUUUAUAAUAUGUUUAUAAUCCACUUAAUACUAUUUUCCGAACAGGUUGUGAAAUCACUUUCAACAACCUGCAGUGCUGCACUCUGUAAAACCCUCUCAAAUCCCUCCUGAUCGUCAGCAUGUUUGUACCUUGUGGACCUCAAAAUAUUAGAAAAAUAAAUUAUGCAGAUUGUUUAAUACCGAACAAACGGAUGCAUUUGUGUAAUUACGGUACAAACGUGUUCCUAAGAUUGUGUUUACACCAUGUGAGAUCGUGCAGCCGUGAAUCAAGGGUAUUAUUCCGGGCAUCCGUUGCGUGUAAAUAGAAAUCGGCGCAUGUAAUCCCCUUGCAGAGAGCGCAUAGCCCAGCGAGCCCACACUGGGCUAUAGGUAAGCUCAGCUCAGCCCACCCCCUCGCCACAACGACGCACUUGAGAGGAGCUUGAAAGUGCACAUAGCGCGCGUUCUGCUAGCGUUAGCUUGUUGGAUUUUGUGACAGUCGUAAAGAUUGUCGGGUUUGUUCGCACACAAAGACAAGACGAUGUCUGCAUGGAGGAAUGAGACGCACUCCUGAAGACCUUUUGGAAGUCGACAAAGUUAGGACACAGCCUAAAAAAGACGUCGCAACCAGUUUGUGAGCUACAGGUAGGGGACGUCGAGGGCUGGGCCAGGAGCAUGACUGAGCAGCAGGAACACUCUGAAGAAACAGGCCUGCUGACCACACAGGACCUGGAUGCCUCCAAGGACGAAGACGCGCAUGGACACCUCAGGUUUCAUCUGAUUGAAGAGCUGUCCUACGAGGAUGUAAAAAAAUGUUACCGUGGCUCGACUGUCAGCAAGUACAACUCGCAGUACCACAAACUGUUCCAGUGUGUGCCCAAGGAUGAGCUCCUUAUGAAAGUGUAUUCCUGUGCUCUUCUCAGAGAUAUCCUGCUCCAAGGCAGGCUUUACAUCUCUAGAAAUUGGCUCUGUUUCUAUGCCAACCUCUUCGGCAAGGACAUUAAGGUGCCCAUCCCUGUUGUCUCAGUGCGGUUGGUGAAAAAGCACAAAACAGCAGGCCUGGUGCCCAAUGGCUUGGCUAUCACCACAGACACUAACCAGAAGUAUGUAUUUGUGUCGCUUCUAUCAAGAGACAGUGUGUAUGACGUCCUUCGUAGGAUCUGCACACACCUACAGGUCAAUGGGAAGAGUCUGAGUUUGAAGCAGUACAUGGAGGAACCCACCUUGUCACUGGAUGAAUUCCCAACCCCUGACGGGUUUCCAGUGGUGGAUGAAUUCCCGUCAGUGUUAAAGUGGAGAAGGAAGGCCUCAGUGGUGUCUGUGUCCUCCUCCCUUCCUGACCUGCUGGGGAACUCCAGCAGCAGUCUGAGUGUUGCAAACACACCCUUCAAGUCAGAGCAGCCUUUAGAAGAGGGAGCCCUGGAGACAGACAGAGGCCUUUUAUCGGAGCCAGUGGCAGAGUUGGGCCAGAUGGAAUACCAGCUGCUCAAGUUCUUUACCCUGCUGAUCAUUCUCCUCAUCCUGUCUUCAUGCUACUUGGCAUUCCGUGUCUGCAGUCUGGAGCAGCAGCUCUCCUUCCUCAGUAACCCACAUUUGCCCCUCAGGGAGAGGUAACCUCGGCUCCCCUGGAUGGGCCUUUGGUUUGGCUGCUGGUCAAGCCUGUCACGUAAAGAUCCACAGUCAUUUCCGGCUCUCCACUUCAUCAAGUGACAAAGCAACGACCCCAGACAUCUCUCUGUGGGACUAGUGAUCACUUUGACUAUGCACACAGACUUUUUAUUUGUGUCCUGUAAUCACCCCGAAGUAAUCAUUCAGCUCAGUAAUUACUUGAAAAGACUCAAAAUAGAGGCAUUUCAUUUGUGGUUCUGCCAACUUACAACCUGUCGACCUUACAACGGUCUUGACUUCUGCACUUUUAAAAAAAGAAAUACAUGUCAUCCUAAUUUUCAAAGCAUUUAUAAAUGUAUGUAUCGUUGUUGCACAGUGGUUAAAACGUGCCUCACAGUUCAGGGGUUCGAAUUUCAGCUCUGAUGUUUGCAUGUUCUCCCCAUGCUUGAGUGGCUUCUUCCUAAAAACAAGCACGUUAGGUUCAUUGAUAACUCUAAAUUGUCCUUGGGUGUUUGGGUGGGUGGAUGGGUUGGAUGGAUGGAUGGAUGGAUGGAUGGAUGGAUGGAUGGAUGGAUGGAUGGAUGGAUGGAUGGAUGGAUGGAUGGAUGGAUGGAUGGAUGGAUGGAUGGAUGGAUGGAUGGAUGGAUGGAUGGAUGAAUGAAUGGUUGGAUGGUUGGAUGGUUGGAUGGUUGGAUGGUUGGAUGGAUGGAUGGAUGGAUGGAUGGAUGGAUGGAUGGAUGGAUGGAUGGAUGGAUGGAUGGAUGGAUGGAUGGAUGGAUGGAUGGAUGGAUGGAUGGAUGGAUGGAUGGAUGAAUGAAUGGUUGGAUGGUUGGAUGGUUGGAUGGUUGGAUGGAUGGAUGGAUGGAUGGAUGGAUGGAUGGAUGGAUGGAUGGAUGGAUGGAUGGAUGGAUGGAUGGAUGGAUGGAUGGAUGGAUGGAUGGAUGGAUGGAUGGAUGGAUGGAUGGAUGGAUGGAUGGAUGGAUGGAUGGAUGGAUGGAUGGAUGGAUGAUUCUUGAAUGGAGGUACUGAGCUGUCACCUUUAAAGGUAUUUAUGCAACGGAGGUUGCAGCACUUGACUGACUGAAAAGAUCUUUAAACUAAUAUGAUGAAGCAAUAACACUUUGUGUGUUAAUUACAAUGUGAAUGCAAUUUCAUAAUUUAGUAACAUAAUGUCUAUUUAUAGAUGUAUUAAUCUGUUCUCAAAGAGUAGUUUAUUUUAUAAAUCUCAAAUGAAGUGCUCACUCAUACUACUGAUGAGCGUAAAUGUUAUCUUGACUUUGUUGAAGGAUAGUAUGUUGAUUAAAAUUACGACAGACCAGACCAGGAA